AUCCGAUCAAGUAUCGGAGAACUUUCAAGCGAGCAACAUGGAGCGCUGGCAGAAUCGCGUGGCCGUCGUCACGGGAGCCAGUUCGGGGAUCGGAUCGGCCAUCGCCAAGGACCUGGUGCUGGCCGGGAUGACGGUGGUGGGGCUGGCCCGUCGCGUGGACCGCGUCAAGGAGCUGCAGCAGCAGCUGCCGGCCGAGAAGAGGGGCAAACUGUUUGCCCUGUACUGCGACGUGGGCAGCGAGAGUUCGGUGAACGAGGCCUUCGAUUGGGUGAUCCAGAAGCUGGGCGCCGUCGAUGUGCUGGUGAACAAUGCCGGCACCCUGCAGUCGGGCCACCUGGUGGACAUGAGUCCGACCCUUAUGCAGCAGGUGCUGCAGACCAACGUCAUGGGCAUUGUGCUCUGCACCCAGCGGGCUGUGCGCUCCAUGCGCGAACGCAAGUUCGACGGCCAUGUGGUGCUCAUCAAUAGCAUCCUCGGGCACAAGACCAUGACGGCCAUGGAGGGCGUGGCACCGGACGUCAACCUCUAUCCGCCCAGCAAGCAUGCGGUCACGGCCCUGGCCGAAGGUUAUCGCCAGGAGUUCCUGGGCCUGGGCACCCGCAUCAAGAUCACGAGCGUCAGUCCGGGCGUGGUGGAUACGGAAAUCCUGCCGGAUAGCAUCAGGGAGUCCAUCAAGGACCGGAUGCUCCACUCCGAGGACAUUUCGCAGGGAGUGCUAUACGCCAUUGCCACGCCCCCACAUGUCCAGGUGCACGAGCUGAUCAUCAAGCCCCUUGGAGAAACCAUGUAGAGAACUUCCAAUCGUAAAUUCUUGUAUUUUUUUAAUCCUUUUUUUCUUUAGAUUAGUAGCUUGUUUUCUAAGUGUAUUCAUUUGCAUUAUACUAUUUUUUAACAAAGUGUUGAGCAUUUGCUUUACCUGUGUUUUACAUUUUCGAGCUUACAUAUGUUUGGCAAUAAAACCGAUUUUAAAGUACACAAAA